AUGAAUAAAUUGAAGCUCAAAAAUGGGGUCAUCAAAAAAGAAAAACGCACAAUCACCUGGUUGGAAUUUUCAAAAGACAACCAAUACCUGGCAGCCCUUACCGAAAACAAACAAUUAAUAGUUUUUAACACCGAAUUCGAGGUAGUUAACAAUAUAACUUUAGCCAGAGUUGCAAGCAAAGUUUGCUUCUCGCCUAAAAACGACAUUAUCGUAGCAGACAGGACAGGAGACGUGUUUUUAUACAAACUACACCAAAAGACCGAACCCACAUUUCUUUUGGGUCAUUUAAGCAUGAUUUUAGAUUUGCUAGUUACGGAAUGUGGAAACUACAUAAUCACUUGCGAUAGAGACGAAAAAAUACGAGUAAGCCAUUAUCCUAAUGCUUAUAAUAUCCAAACUUUUUGCCUAGGACAUGAGGAAUUUGUAACUUCACUAAAACUAUUGAAAAACAGUGAAGUUUUACUUUCAGCCUCCGGAGAUGGCACAGUGAGAAUGUGGAAUUACAAACAAGGGAAGCAAUUAAAUAUUAUUGAUACUGGUAGUUUGGUUGAUGAGGAAUAUUUACAACGAUUUGCUAAAGAAAUGGAUUUGGUUGAGAAUAUUACAAAAUUGCCUAUAGUUGAUAUGCAAUUGAAUGAGAAUGUUUUAGCAUUAUUUUUGCACAGUGUGCCUAAAUUGUUUUUGUAUACAAUCGACUCGAUAACUUUUAAUUUUUUGGGAAGCAUUGAUGUCAAUACGACACAAUUUUCUUAUAGUUUAUGCAAUAGCUUAUAUAUUUUGUCAAAGAGUAAAUUUGAUAUUUAUUGUCCGAAUAAAUUCAACAAGGUGUCUGGCAAACAAAUUGAAGACACAGUACUCGAUUUAGUUGUUAUAGACAACAAUGAUAUUACAAUUUUGUACAAGAGAAAAUUUGAUAAUGUGCAAGAGUAUAUGGAAAGGAAAAAGCGUAGAUUAGAAGCAAAAUAAAUACAAUAGUUUUCAUUUGAGUUUUUGUUUCUAAUUCUAUGUAUUGUGUCAUAAUUGAAAUUCUCAAUGAAUCUUUACUCAGUAGAGGUCUACAAACCUUGCAAAUUUCAGCUCAUUUGGACUCUUAAGAUAAAAUUAUAUUAGGUAAUGUGGAGUGAAUUUUUGGAUUUUUCAAUUUUUACUGGUUUUAUUUCAGAGAUUUAAGCUUCAAAGUGAAUCAUUUAAAUUAAAGAAUCUCCACAAAAAAAAAAUUUUGGUGAUACAAUUUCUCAAACCAAUGAGUGGAAUUCUGCGAUAUGAGCGCAGCGAGUUCCGCAGCAGUCUGGUUAGAGUAAUUUACUCAUAAAUUUCUACUCAAAUUGGUUAAAUUCAUACUGCAAUUCUGUGCCGAAGAUUUGGAUAUGAAUUAUUGAAAACUUUGAAAAUUCCUAACUCCAAUAGAGGUCUACAAACUUUGUAAAUUCAAGCUAAUUUGGACUUAUAGUUCCUGAGAUAAAAUUGCUCCAACAAAUAAGAAAUUAAUUUUCCAAUAUUUCCACUUGUAUAUACACUACAAUGACAUUGUGCAUACGAAACGAAA